AUGAUACAAGAAAGAAAUGAUGUAUUAAUCAACCGAGAAGUAAGAAUUUUACAAACGUUAAAUCACGUAAACGUGGUCAGGUAUCACGCAGCCUGGAGAGAACAUGGCACACCAGAUGUUGAACUUGAUAAAGUUUACAUCAAGAUGGAUUACUGCGAUUACAACCUUCAACAAGUGUACAAUAUUAUCACGGGCUCCGGGUCGCAACAUACACAAGGUGUGGGCACUUUAUCAUAUAAAGCGCCCGAGGUGAAACAUGGCGGCGAGUACAAUCAUCAGGCCGAUGUGUUUAGCCUGGGCAUUAUGCUAAUGCAAUUUUUUGAUGUAAAUGUUAACAAGCAGGACAUACACACGGAGAUAAAGGACCUGUUGACCCGGAUGAUUGCUGGCCGGGCGAUUGAUCGACCAUCAUGUUCAGAAAUCAUGAAAUAUAACUAA